AUUGUGGAGACUGUCCACCGCGGCGGUAUCAAUAAAGUUGUGCUUACAAAAUUAACGACUUGGUGUCAUGGCGGCGCCUGUGGCAGACAGUCAGAACUGGUUUCCAGUGUUAGCACUGGGAGUUUCUCUCCUUAAAUGUCUAUUCAUCAAUGCCUAUCGUUCCACAGACUUUGAGGUGCACAGGAACUGGUUGGCCAUCACACACAGUCUGCCGGUGUCCAGGUGGUACUAUGAGAACACAUCCGAGUGGACCCUGGACUACCCUCCGCUGUUCGCCUGGUUCGAGUUUGGUCUUUCCCAUGUGGCUCAGCACUUUGACAGAAGCAUGCUGGUGGUGGAGAACCUGAACUAUGCCAGCCCGUCCACUGUGCUCUUCCAGAGGCUGUCAGUGAUUUUCACAGAUGUGGUUUUUAUCUACGCUACCAGAGAGUGCUGCAGGUGUGUUCAGGAGCAGAAACGCUCUCGGGACAAUCUGCACCGGCCGUCCUUCAUCCUGGCUGUUCUGCUGCUCUGGAACUUUGGCCUCCUCAUUGUCGACCACAUUCACUUCCAGUACAACGGCUUCCUGUUUGGUUUCCUGCUGCUGUCGGUUGCAAAACACCUGCAGUCUCAGCACCUGAAGGGGGCACUGCUUUUCUCCAUCCUGCUCAACCUGAAGCACAUCUACCUGUACGUGGCUCCGGCCUACGGCAUCUACCUGCUGAGGAGUCACUGCUUCGCUCAGAAUAACAAAGAUGGUUCUGUCAGGUGGAGGAGCUUCAGUCCACUCCGUCUGCUGGCUCUGGGCAGCAUCGUGGCCUCUGUCUUCGCUCUGUCCUUCGGCCCGUUCAUUGCAAUGGGUCAGCUCCCUCAGGUCUUGUCCCGACUCUUCCCCUUUAAGCGGGGCCUCUGCCAUGCCUACUGGGCCCCCAACAUUUGGGCCCUGUACAACCUGCUGGACAAAGGCCUGGUCAUGCUUGGUGUCCGUCUGAGGCUGCUGGAGGAGGCAGGACUUCAUCGAGCCACCAUGACAGGCGGGUUAGUUCAGGAGAUGCAGCACUCGGUCCUCCCUUCCAUUUCCCCCACUGUCACACUCGUCUGCACUCUGCUCUCCAUCCUGCCAGCCAUGACGUCCAUCUGGCGGUGCCCUCGUGGUGCUCGGGGUUUCCUGCGCUGCCUGCUGCUCUGCGCUCUGGGCUCCUUCGUGUUUGGCUGGCACGUCCAUGAGAAGGCCAUCCUCAUUGCCAUCCUGCCUCUCAGCAUCCUGGCGGUGGAGAGUAGAGAGGAUGCUGGGAUCUUCCUGGUUCUGGCCACCACAGGUCACUAUUCCCUGUUCCCGCUGCUCUUCACCUGUGCAGAGUUGCCCAUCAAAGUCACUCUGAUGCUGAUUUUUACCAUCUACUCCUUCACUGCUCUGAGGAAACUCCACAGUGCCCAGGGGCCUCUGCUCCAUCCUCUGGAGGUCGUCUACCUGUUAGGGCUGGUUGCUGUGGCAAUCGCAUGUGAGGUCGUCUUCCCUCUGUCACCGUGGCAACAGCAACUGCCCUUCCUCCCCCUGCUGGCGACCUCAGUGUACUGCUCCGUGGGUGUCUGCUACUCCUUCCUGCGUCUGUACGUCAGUCUGCUGAGGCAGCGGGAGAAACCCAAACAGCCAUGAGAUGCCAUCCUGUACCUCAGAGGUCACAGGUUAGAUCCCCAACACACCUGCACUGUGAGCCCCUGAGCAGACACCCAGACAGCAGCUGCUCACUGUGCACAUCAGUCAAGACAAAAGAACUCUUCAUCCUUUAUUAAACUCAUCAAAAGCACUAGA